AUGAGUUUCUUCGGUUACACCGUGCGUGUAACCCUUAAGGCCGGCCCUAUUAUUCAGGGAACCGUUGGCACCCUCGAGGGUUCAAGCCUCACCCUCACGAACGCAUUCGAUACAAAUUCUGGCAUCCCCUAUCCUUUCUAUCAAAUCGAUGGGAAAGGUAUCGGAGAAAUCGAAGUUCUUGAUGAUGGCCCUGGCGAAGCUUCUUUGGCCGCCGCUCGUACACCCACCAACCCCACAAACUACCCGUCAUACCCCCCUCCCCCACCUCAACCUCAGUCCCAAUCUCACCAACCACCAUUUCCUCCUCUACACCCUCCACCGGGGAGUGUGAACCUACCCAGGGUACCUUCUUACGGCUUCCCACCUCCUCAGAUUCCUAUGCAUCCUCAGAUGUCCCAAAUCCCUCCAAUACAACCUUCUAUUCCGCCCCCACCAUCCCAAACUGUUGCUCCUCCAUCUCAACCUCAACGUCAGCCUCAGCCUCCAGCGAAGAAGCCGUUCCAGGACCCGGCAAUUGUAUCCGUUGGUCGCCCUCAGAGGCCUACCCCACAAUCUCAACCCCAAACACAAUCAUCCCCCUUGAAAGGGCAGCUCCCACCCCCACCUCCUACUCUGUCCUUCCCAGUUGCUCCUUUACUACCGGCCGCCUCACCGUCCAAAGGAAUCCAAGGCGUCCCCCCGAGUAUCUCGAAACCAAUCACAAAACCUACUUCUAUACCACCCGGGAAGGAUAGCAAUAACAAUAUCACCACUACAACUGUCACCCGGCCACCUUUCACCACACCCGCACUCACAUCGCCAUUCUCAAAACUCAAGCUUGGAGAUGCCGUCGAUUCUAGUGCAUUCGAAGAAACGGACGACAGCCAAGCUCCCCACCAACCCAGAAGACCUCUUGACAGCCGACCUAGGAGGGGUAGAAGAGAUCCUAAUACUGGUAAUUUCGUACAUCAACCAUCGCAGCAUCCCAGGAACAAUGGUAAUGCCAACUUGCGAAGGGGCCGCGACAAUAACCACGGUGCACGUGAAAACAGUGCAUAUAUUCGUCGCCACAGGUACCAGAAUAGUGACGGCUGGGCGACAGAAGAUGUCACUGGUAUCAAGGACACCGAGUUCGAUUUCCAGGGAAAUUUAGAACGGUUUGACAAAAAGGCUGUCUUCUCACAGAUCCAAACAGAAGACACAACGGCAAUUGAGGAUCGUUUAGUAUCUUUCAACAAACGCCCCCCAGUCUCGACAGAAAUCCCAUCCAUUCGCAAGAACUUCAAGAAUUCGGAGAACGUGCUUGGAACUUAUGCAAACGGGGCCUCUCUAGCAGAUCGAGAGACAUGGAAUGACAACGCCUUUUUGAAAAAAGGGCCUGAUUUUGGAUCUAGCUCGUCAGAUGAUGAAGAAGAACCAGGGAGCGGACGUAGCUCGAGAAGAGGGAUGACACGACCUGCUAGACAUGGGUCAAAACUUCUCCGAAAAGCCAGCGUUAAUGUAUCCGGCAGGAUAUCGCCCAACAUAUCCAGUGGCAUGGGGUCGGGAGGCGGGAGAGCCGAGCAACUUGCUAACAGCAGUGAUGCAAAGUCCAAACCAAUCCUCAGACUCAAAACAUCGUCAAGGCCUUGUCCCGUUGUAUCACCUCUGCAGAUGUUAGAUGUGGAGAGGAUUGCAGAGGUAGACUUGGGAUUGACUGAUGAUAUGAUGUCGGAAAAUGCAGGGCGUGGAAUCGCACAGGUUGCCAUUCAAGCGUUCGGAAAGCGAUUACACAGUGGGAAUCAUAAUUCGUUACCCGUUGUUCUUGUCUUCGCAGGGAACAAUAAGAAUGGCGCCAGGGCUGUUGCUGCAGGGAGACAUUUGAAGAACCAUCAUGUUAGGGUCUUGAUUUGCGUUCUGGGGCUGGAAAGGGAAGAGGAGUUGCUUGACCAUCUUCGAAGGCAGAUUCAGAUAUUUCGCAACGCGGGAGGAAGACUCGCGCAUUGGAAUGAGUUGUCGUAUAAGUUACAGUCACUUGAUUCGCCACCGGAGUUGAUCAUCGACGGGUUAUUAGGGAUGCAUGUCGGGUUUGAGGAUCUAAGGCUGUCGGACCAAGCGUCUUUGUUCGAGCUUGUCAAGUUUGCGAAUGCAAGCAAAGCUCAGAUAAUGAGCAUUGACGUUCCGUCCGGCAUCGAUGGGUCAACUGGGGAGGUUACGACGUUAGAUGAUUCUGAGCAAUUUUACAUUGAAGCGAAGUUUGUGGUUUGCAUGGGAGCACCGAAGACUGGUGUUAGAGCGGCGUUACAGACGGUAGGAGCCGGGUGGAACUUGCAUGUUGUCGAUAUUGGGAUUCCGAAUACGGCGUGGAGGAAGUAUGGGAGUCGGAGAAGGCAUGGGGUGGAGUUUGGAGCGGAGUGGGUUUCUGCGAUUGAAUAUAUUCUUUGA